AUGUUGCUGUCACUGCUGGGCAUCUGUGCACUGGUGGGCCCCUUCCAGGGGCCCGAGUGGGAGCCCGUGAGGGUCCUGCUCACCGACCAGGACCGCAGCUGCCGGCACCCGCAGUGCUGCGGGAACCUGCUGGUCUCCUGCCUCUUCGGGUCACCACGGAAGUGGACAGUGGCCUCCAGGAGGCCGGACAUGCAUUCCAGACUCGCCCCCGCCAUUCACUUCAGCCCUCGCAAGUUCCGGGAGCUCGAGGCGCACAUCCAACAGUGGGCACAGAAGAAGCGAGGGAGACACCAGAAACAGCUCUGGGAGUCGUGGCCCCUGUACCUGCUCCCCUGGCCGUCCCCGUGCCGGGAGGCCCUCUCCUCCGCAGCCCCCCUGUGCUGCGGUACCCCCUUCCCCGGCACCAGCACACUCCCCCCGGACAGCGUGUGGGAAUCGUGGCCGGUGUCCUGGGUUUUCAGUGAUGACAAGAUUUUCAAGUCCCUGUCCCCGGCGGCCGUGGAGAUGUACGAGAGGAUGGAGCAUCUGCUGUUCGAAGCGCAGGAGGAGCUGGUGUCACUGGAACCCGUCGUCAACCUUCGGCCCGACCCCCCGUCCGUGUCUUUGGCCACUGCUCUCCCUCCGCCCCAGACACUGUGUAUUUGCCCCCAAGAAUUCCUGCUGGCUCCUCCCAGCCAGCCAGGGGCAGCGUCCAGCAGGGAGCGGGACCGGGCCGCUGGGAAGAGACGCCCGACAGUAGGCAGAGAUGGUGGUCAGCGGGCCCAGGCUCGAGGGGCGGUGAAACAGGCCAAGAGCAGCCGGCAGGACGCGAGGGAGGCCCCGGCACCCGGAAGGCAACGCCUGAUGGGCAUUAGACGGGAGGACUGUGCGGACAGCCGCGGCCUGGGAGGGCGCAGCCAGACUCCGGGCCUCCCCCAGAAGCGGGUGGCAGCUGAGAACAGGGUCGCCACUGAAGAACUAGGGGACAGUAGUCGGAGGGAAAGCGGACAUGAGAUUCCUGGAGCACAGGAGGCUGGCGUCCAGGCGCCCAGAGGAGAGGACCAGGAGGCGGUCAGAGGGGAGACGGACUCAGAGACGCUAACGUCGGGACGGGCGGUGCUGCAGGACGAGAGUGGGGCUAACGGUGCUGCGGAGGCCCCGGUGGUGCAGGAGAACCGGAGAGCCACCGGAGGGGAGAUCAGAGGAAUGGCGGCGCAGGACCAGGCUGGAGGGGAGCCCCGAGGGGGCAGCCGAGCCCAGAUUCCAGGUGAUUCCGGUACAGAAACUCUGGCAGGAGAGGGGAGAAGCCAGGAGCAGGCUGGCAGAGAGAAAGCUUGGGAAACCCGGGUUUCUGCAGGGGAGGGCCUGGGAAAAAUGAAACAGGAUGACACAGAGACCCACGGCCCAGCAGAGAGAGCCGGGCAGAGACCAACAUCCAGGGCAGAGGUCUGGGAGCAACUGAAAAGCGAACUUCAGACGUGGGGAGUCCAGCGUCGGAGGAGGCUGGAGGGUUCCAGGAAGACGAGACUCAGGGAGGUGAGAGAGGAGGACUGGGUGGUGAUGCAGGCGCUGUGGCGGGCAGACGCGAUGCCGGUGGUCAGCACCACGGCCGGGGAGCUGGGGCUGGCGGCAGGGGAGCACCGCAGCCCGACGGCAGUCCAACACAGAGCGGAGCUCCAGGCAGCAGAGAGGAGAGGCCAGAGCACCGCUGAGGGUGCACCUGCCGCGGGGACGGAGCCAGGGGCGCCGGGUUCAUCCAGAGGCUCCGCAGGGAGGACAAUCUGGGAGCAGCUGGACGUGGAGGCUCCUGGGGAGACAAGCCCGAGAGAGGCCGAGAGAGCAAACCGGGGAGAGACCCAGGCACCCGGGGAUGAAGAGCAGGCUCCGACCGACAGCGGCCGUCCUGGAAAGACUCACUGGCCAGAGUGGGAGACGACGCAGGAGUGGAGUCGAGAGGAGGGUGGCACCCAGGCACCCAGGGCAGGGAACGGGGAAGAGUCACCCGACGAGGCCGCUGAAGAAACUCACUCAUCAGGGGCGAGGGAGGCAGGCGGGAAGAGCACCGAGCUUCCAGCUCCAGAGAACCAGGUGGAGGAUGGGGAGGAGGACAGAGAGGAAGAAGGAACCCCAAGCCCUGCAGGAGGUGAGAGCGGAACAGAGGCCCCAGAGCAGAGAAAUGAGAGCAAAGCUGAGGGCAAGGGCGUUGUGGGGGAGACCCAGAGCCCCAAGAGUGGGGGUCCGGGACCGCUGGGAGGCGACUCUGCAGAGAGCCACCCGCCAGCGGGGCAGGACAGGGAGCGGGCAGGAGCAGGGAGCGAAGCGGAAGAGCAGAGGAGCAGCCAGCGUGCGGCUGGGACGGAGGCGGCUGGCGUCCGGGAGCGCCGGGCAGGGCUCCCGACACAGCUAAGAAGCGAAAGCGCCGGGGAGACGGGCUGGGCGGAAUGGCCGGCCGCGGGCGAGAUAGGAGGCGACAAUGAUGUCGGCAUCGAAGGGGAGAGAAGCCCGGGAGGGCCCAGCGGCGACACUGAGACGCAGACUCAGGCUCCUGGGGGAGACUUCGGGGAAGAGUCAAGAAGCGAAACUGGUGGGGAGAGGCGGGUGCCGGGGCAAGGACCCCAGCGCAGGGCGGAGAUCCUGGCGGCGGGAAGCCAGGAGGUCGCAGGAAGCCGAGAAGACAAGGCCCAGAGCGAAGCCGUGGAUGCAGCUAGAAGCGGUCCCCACCUGGAGCCCUCUGCGGGUGAGGGCGCCCCGACCCCGGCUGGCUCCCGCGGUGCAGCCCCGGGGGAAGAAGAGGCAGAAGCGUCUGCCCGCUGCCCAGCGAGCGAGCCGCCCCCCCAGCCGGGGGAGCUGGUGGCCCGGGCGGAGGGGGCGCACUCGGCAAGCCGGCCCAUGACCCCUGACGGGAGGCACGAGGAGACCGCGGCUCCGCUCAAAGCCAGGAGAAGGCCACGAAAGAACAAAGCCGCGGGUGGAGGCAUUGCCCACCCAGGCCCGACGUCCCCGAUGCACCCCGACCCACCAGCUCUGGCCACUCACUCAGGCCUGCCCUCCAGGCCGUGGUGCCGGGCCCCCAAAGCCUCCCUGGUUCUAGAUGCUUCCACGCAUCCCGGCACGGGCUGGCCCAAGCGGCUGGUCCUGAAGAGUAGCCAGCGGCUGCUCCUGGAGUCCGUCCUGCGCAGUAAGAGUACGCACCUGCACUGGGGCCUCCCGCAGCGCAUCCUGGCGUCCCAUCUGCUCUCCGCCUCAGGCCCCCGUCCCCCACCCCUGGCCCCGACGGCGCGCCCCGGAUUCCACGGAGACUGCAAGCAGCCAGGCCCGCGGGAAAGACCCGGGGAGGCCCAGGACUCCAAGAAAGGCCGAGAAGAGUCCGGCCAGCAGGGGGCCUCAGAGAACCACGGCAAGAGCAGGAAGCAGCUGGUUCUAGGGCCCAGCUCCCAGAGUCCAGGCCUGGCCCAGAAGCGGCCCCCGGGCCCUGCCUUGAGGAAGGCAGCAGCAGCAAAGGCAGCAGCAGCAACACGGGCCGGCGCAGACCCACCCGCAGGUGCUCGCCGGGCCCCCAGUGCGCAGGCGCAGGCGCUGCGCGGGAACAGGCGGCGUGUGUGGCCCGAGUGCGAGUGA